UGUGAGCGAUUGUGUUACCUGUUAGGUGGUUAGUUCAAUCAUUAGUCAUGAAACUCCGCUUUGUGACCAAGUAAUUUCACUAUUUACUUCACUAUGUCUCCAUGUAGCAGUUAAGAGAAAUGUGUACCACACGAUUAGGCAUCCUGUAAAUCGUAAUAAGGCGAGGAAAGCCGUCCAUAUUCCCCGCUAGGCAGGCAUGCCGACUGUCUCAGCUUACUUUAAAGGAUGGAGGAUGACAAUCAAGAUGGAGGAGACCAAAGACGAACUAAGGAUCACGCAAAAACUGAGCAACUUGAUAAGAGACCGGACACUUUGUCUAAAGAUUUAGGUAGCGGUAGCUCCCUGCAAGACAGUAAACAAUCACCGAGUUUGAACAAUAGACAUGCCAGGAGAGACAGAGAGGAUGCGUUCCGUAAGAGCAAAUCAGAAGAAGUAUUUGAGUACUGCAAAGAGAUGGGUCAGCGUAAAGAUUCAGAGAAUGUUCGGACAGCUGGAUCAGGGUGUAGUAGCCCCACAAGUAGCACAGCAGGGGUGGACAUUAACCACCGCUUACCACCUGAAUCUCCUGGUGCCUGGUCGCCUAGUGCCUCACAGAUACACUAUAUGGCGGACUCGCCGCUUACCCCAACGAGAUUCCGCUCCAAAUCCGAGGCAGACACAAGUACGAACCCAAUCCAUGCCCAGGCUAUAAUAAGCACAAGCGUGCGACCAAAAGAACGAAGGACCAGUUCAUCGUCGUCCACGGAUGCACAGUCGCCAGUUAGUGUGGAUUCGCCGCGGGGUGAGCCAGCAGGCUCAGCAUCUGGAUCCCUUUCGCUGCAUGGUACGGUGACAAGAGAGGGGGAAAUGGUUUCUUUUGUUGCCGAUGAUCUUAUGGAGAAAAUCCGUCAGAGCGGUGACCCAUUGAAAGCUAAGAAUAGGGGCAGUAGCACAGCAGGCUCAACAGCGAGUCUCACCCCUUCAUCUUCAUCACGUAGCCGCACCCCUUCCCUAAGCCCCUCUGGCAUCAGCUCCAGUGCAAUCCCCCCGGUGGACCCUGCUGCCCUGGCCGAUAUUGAGAAACACUGUAAGAGGGUGGCAGAUAACGUCGACCUCAUGAUGGGACACCUGUCUAGUACACUACAGAAUAUGUCGGCAAUUACUGUUGGUCAUACUCAGACAUACAGAGAUGCUGUGGAAAAAGCCGGAGUCACUGUUGAUCAAAGUGUUAAGUGUAUGUACGCACUGAUCGCUAAGUGUGAAGAGCUCAACAGGACUAUGGAGCCCGUCCACAAACUUGCCAACCAAAUUAAAUCAGUGAAGAGACUACUAGAAGAAAUGGAGGCUGCCUGCAAGUAGCUCAUUGCUUCAGUUUUAGUCACCAACUCAAUCCACGUUAACUCCUUAUUACCGGUACUGCUGUCAAGUCAAAGACAACUGCUCAUUACCUUGGGCAAGCAUAGACCCAAAGAUCAAAGCACGAUUCAAUCCUUAAGGAUUCUUGGCAGUUAAUAUCAGUGUAAGGUUGUGUCUGAAUCGGCGGCUACGGCUACGGCUAGAUUUACGCAUCAUCAUGCGGUGAGGUAUAGGCCGUCUUUAUCAACACUCUUAGCAACAGCCGUAGCCAAAGCUGCCAAUUCGAAUUCGGCCCAUGGGCUGUUUUCAUUGAACUUUGACCUGUUUGGCUAUGGCUGUGGCUAUACUGAAGUGUAAUCACAUGUAAUGUUUAGCCACAUUCAAAGCCAUUUUGUUUUAUACAUAGCCAUAUAUCAUGGUGAGGUAUCAAUGUAUUGACCCCUUGCACGCACCUCACAAGCGGCAACUGUGCCACGCUCACCAUUUUGGGUGGUCAAUAGGUUUACAUGUAGGUUUACGUGUAGGUUUAACUGAAUAACGCACAGUAACAUUGCCCACCAAAAUGGCGCAUCCAAGAUUGUUCUGAUGAUGAUGUCGGGUGAAUUUGUUCAAUAUUUGGUUUGUGGUAACACCAUGUGUGUAUCUACAUAGCCAUAGCUUCUUGCUAUACUAUUUGCAAUAUUGGCUGUUUUCAUAAUCAACCAACC